AUCCUAUUAAUUCAGCAACAUAUCUUAUUCAUGGUUAUAAUCAAAUAAAUAAAUUUGAAGAUAUUGAACUUGAUUUAAUUUAUCAUUUUAUUUGUGCUCGACUUGCAAUGAGUGUUACUAUAUCUGCUCAUCAAAAACAAAUCCAACCUGAUAAUCAUUAUCUUGUCAUUAGUGAAAAACCAGCUUGGGACUUACUUGAAAAACUAACUACUAUUGGUACUAAAUUUAUUUAUCAAACUUUUCGUUCUGCUUGUACGACAUCGAAUUACUUUAUUCAUUGA